GAUUUUGUACCCAUCUUCUUGUAUCUGUUACUGUUUGGGCACCUGGAUACGUUUAGUACGAUAAAAGUAGCCUCCACAGAGGUCGCGAGCUUCACUACCCAUGCUCAUCAUGAAAGGGUGUCCAGUGCUGGUUGUCGCUUUAUUUGCGCUGUGCGCAGUGGCUGAACAAGAAGACAAAGAAAAGAGAGUUAUUUACCCGGGGACUAAGUGGUGUGGCGCUGGGAACAUUGCAGACAGCGACUCAGACCUAGGCCACCACCGAAUGACAGACGCAUGCUGUCGCACGCACGACCGCUGCCCCCAUAGUAUUCCACCACUGCAGGUUUCAAAGACAUACAAUUACUUCAACUUUCGCCCCUACUCAAUCUCCCACUGCAAGUGUGACCAGGCGUUCUAUGCCUGCCUAGCGAGUGUGGGUUCCAACGCCGCCAAGGAUGUCGGGAAGGUGUUUUUUAACAUCUUGAAAGUGCCAUGUUUCAUACCGUUAUCCAGUGAAGAUUGUUAUCAUGACUGGAGUAAUUGGUUUAAAUACGUUUGUAAACAAAAUAUUUCCUUGAAAGAUGCAAAGGAAUUUUAAACUACGAUUGCGUUACAUAUUGGUUGCUGUAGAAUAGGGGUAAUGAAAAAUAAAUGUUAACAUUGAAACCAGUGAAUUAAAACUAAGGGAAAUUAAUCACCUGUUAACGCU